AUGAGUGGUGGAAUCUACGCUGGUGACGAACUUGGAGCACUGGUCUUUGACGUGGGCCAUCAUUCCUUUCGAGCCGGUUGGGCUGGGGAAGACAGUCCAAAAACAGAUGUUCCGACGACAAUCGGGUACAUCGACGAUGUCGUUGACGCCAACUCGCGAAUGGACGUCGAUUUUGCGGCAGAUCAUAAUGGCAAUUCCAAUUUGGCGCCCUCUUCGCGUCGAUACAUCUUUGAUACGACUGCCAUUAAAAGCCCGCAAAACAAUAUGGACCUCACGACCUUUUUAAGAGACGGAAUGAUUGAAGAUUGGGAUCUGUUUGAGAAGAUGACCGAUUAUAUUUACAAGAAGCAACUCAACUUGGACUCGACACUUCAGCCUGUCCUCUUUUCGGAGGCAUCUUGGAACGCACGAAGCAAGCGAGAAAAACUUUGCGAGCUCAUGUUUGAAAAGUAUGGCAUUCCAGCCUUUUUUCUUUGCAAGAACGCCGUUUUGGCGGCUUUUGCAAAUGGACGUGCCACUGGUGUCAUUCUGGAUUCAGGUGCUUCGCACACUUCGGCCAUCCCUGUUCAUGAUGGAUACGUAAUGCAGCAGGCAAUUGUAAAAAGUCCUCUUGCUGGAGACUUUGUGACCAAUCAAUGCAAACAGUAUUUCGAUGAGCGAGGCGUGGAGAUUGUUCCCUACUACAUGAUCGCCUCUAAAGAGGCGGUAAAAGAGAGUGACCCUGCAAAGUGGACAAAACGCAGCAAUUUACCUGAAAACCUGACCCAGUCUUGGAAGAAUUACAUGAUCAAAGAAACGCUUUUUGACUUUAAAUCAUCCGCUUUACAAGUAAGCGACACCACAUACAACAAAGAUGUGGCGGACAACAUGCCAGCAAUACACUAUGAAUUCCCCAACGGUUACAACCUUGAUCUGACAUCAGACCGUUUCUUGAUUCCUGAAGCUCUCUUUGACACUACAAACAUUAAGGGCUUUACCUCUUCAGUAAUGGGCAUGUCUCAGAUUGUCACUACCUGCGUCGGUUUUUGUGACCCUGAAAUUCGAUCAUCUCUGGUCGGAAACGUCAUCGUCACCGGCGGUAAUACGCUGAUUAACGGAUUCACUGAGAGGUUAAAUCGCGACCUUGUCACUAAAACUCCACCGAGUAUGCGUCCGAAGCUUAUAAAUCCAAAUGCAUCCGUUGAACGCCGUUACGGAGCGUGGAUUGGCGGCUCUAUUCUUGCCUCCCUGCCCACUUUUCAGCACACCUGGAUCUCUAAGCAGGAAUACGAAGAGGAUGGUAAAUGCCAAAUUGAGAGAAAGUGCCCAUAA